GGGCGGGGCAAGGGUUGUCGCGUAGUUACGUGACGCUCCUCCUCAUCCGGCGCGUCGCGGGGUCCACAUCCGGCGGGGAAGAAGUAGAGGAAGAUGUCGCUGUCCUGCUUUCUGCCCGCUCCCAUUCAGCUCUCCCAGGACCAGCUGGAGGCUGAGGAGAAGAUCAGGGCUCAGAAGUCUCUGCAGACGGCUUUGGUGGCAUCACGAAGGGAACCGCCCCCAUAUGGACAUCGGAAAGGCUGGGUGCCCCGAACUGUGGAGGAUUUUGGAGAUGGAGGGGCGUUCCCGGAAAUCCAUGUGGCGCAGUACCCCCUGGACAUGGGCAGGAAGAAGCGGUCGUCCAAUUCCCUGGCUGUACAAGUGGAUGCAGAGGGGAAGAUCAAGUAUGAUGCCAUUGCACGGCAGGGCCAGGCAAAAGACAAGGUUAUAUACAGUAAAUACACAGACCUCGUACCUAAGGAAGUGAUGAAUGAAGAUGACCCAGACCUCCAGAGACCCGAUGAAGAGACAGUCCGAGAGCUGACAGACAAGACUCGCCAGGCCCUGGAUAAAGCUGUGUCCCAGAAGAUAGCCGCAGCCAUGCCGGUUCGAGCCGCAGACAAGCUGGCACCAGCACAGUACAUCAGGUACACGCCAUCCCAGCAAGGUGUGGCAUUCAAUUCGGGAGCCAAGCAGAGGGUCAUUCGUAUGGUGGAGAUGCAGAAAGACCCUAUGGAGCCACCACGUUUCAAAAUCAACAAGAAGAUCCCACGUGGCCCCCCGUCUCCUCCUGCUCCUGUAAUGCACUCCCCCAGCAGGAAGAUGACUGUCAAGGAGCAGCAAGAAUGGAGAAUCCCCCCUUGCAUUUCUAACUGGAAAAACGCUAAGGGUUACACCAUACCGCUGGACAAGCGUUUGGCUGCUGAUGGCAGGGGCCUUCAGACUGUCCACAUUAAUGAGAACUUUGCUAAACUAGCUGAAGCUUUGUACAUCGCUGACAGAAAGGCUCGAGAAGCUGUGGAGAUGAGAGCCCAAGUGGAAAGGAAGAUGGCACAGAAGGAGAAGGAGAAAAAGGAGGAAAAGUUGAGAGAACUGGCUCAGAUUGCCAGAGAACGCCGAGCUGGAAUAAAGUCUCAUGCAGAGAAAGAGGAUGGAGAAGCCAGAGAGAGGGAUGAAAUCAGAGAUAACAGGCGAAAGGAGCGACAACACGAGCGCAACCUGUCCAGGGCAGCCCCCGACAAGAGGUCAAAGCUGCAGAGGAAUGAGGAUAGAGACAUCAGUGAACAGAUUGCCCUUGGAAUACCCAGCCAGCGACCAACAGCGGAGAUCCAGUACGACCAGCGGCUCUUCAACCAAAGCAGGGGUAUGGACAGCGGCUUUGCCGGUGGGGAGGACGAGGUGUACAAUGUAUAUGAUCAGCCUUGGAGAAGUAGCAAGGAAAUGGCACAAACCAUCUACCGGCCCAAGAACCAAGAUGUGGAUUUCGGGCCAGACUUGGACACGCUGAUGAAGAACAACAGGUUCGUUCCCGAUAAGGAGUUCACCGGCUCAGACCGCAAGCAGCGCCGCGAUGGGCCCGUGCAGUUUGAGGAGGAUCCUUUCGGUUUGGAUAAGUUCUUGGAGGAAGCCAAACAGCACGGAGGAUCCAAACGCCCCUCAGACAGCGGCCGUGCCAAGGAGCAUGACCAUGAGGGCAAAAAGCGCAGGAAGGAGUGAAUUUUUUUUUUUGUGUGGGGGCUGCACUGUUGUCACCAGGACCCCAAGGACUAUCUUGUGGCAGCCCUAAUAAUGUCACCGGGCUACAAAUCUGCCCAUAUCAGUUAUGUACAUAUGUAUCAAAGUGCUGACCAAACGCCUCUGAGCAAUGUUGUGUAAGAAGAGUCACUGAAGUCUGCAGAGCAUUGCGCCACGUGCAGCAAGUACUGUGUGUGUGUGUGUCUGUAGAGUGGAAAGCUUCAAUCAAUGCCUAACCUCAUAUACCCGGACUAAACACUCUGGAUGGUUCUCACAAUGGACAGAGAAAUCGCAUUCCUCUGCUGUAAGACACAAUGUCGGUUUCUGGAAUUUUAUGUUGCAUAUCCGAUAUUUAGAGAGAUGACAGUAGAAUGUGUUCCUUUCUGUUUAUUUAAACAUUUUAAAUACAAUAAAAAAAAAAAAGUUAUUCAUCGUC